AUGGAUUUGUCUCACAUGUCACAUCGUGCCCGACGUGCUUUUCUUAAGAAGUUAAAAAGAAAGCGUAAACGUCAAAAAUUAGCCAAGGAAAAUAUCGAGAGGGAGAUUGAAGAGCUAAGUCGGCUCCAACUUUCUCCAUCUUAUCAGGCACAACAGGCUAAGGAGUUGGAGUUAGCCGCACUUGAAGCCAAAGAACGGUACAAUUUGAACUAUAAUGUAACUUUUUAUAGUGAGCGUAAUGAGGAACUUUGGCAAGAACGUGAGAGGGAGGCACAACGUCAGUGGGAAGAAAAUAAUCGUCAAAAAAUCCUCUUAAAGCAACGCGAGGAGGAGGCUCAGCGUAAAAUUAAAGCAGAGUGGGAAAGCAAACAAAUGGAAUCCAAGAAAUUUAUUCCUGAGUCAAAAACACAGGAUGUUCAUGAACAGCAGUCUCCAGACCUUCCACCUUGGCAUCUUCCCCCACCACCCGUACCUAUCCCUCCAGUAAUUGAGCAAGUGCCAUAUGGUCCCACUGUUUCUACAGUGAUGGAAAAAUGUAGCUUUUUCCGUAAAACAGGAGCAUGUCGAUAUGGUUUUCUUUGUUCUCGUCUUCAUCAAUAUCCAAGUCCAUAUGACGAUACUGUUGAAUCGUUCAAUAUUGCUGACGAUCAAGAUGUUGGUGGCUUAGACGAACCAAUAGAUAAUUCUUGUUUAGUUUUACAAAUUCCUAAAAUGUUCACACACUAUCAUUUAGAUUUAACAAAAAAUACUGGUUCAGAGGAUCAAGAUUCUGCUCUUGAAGUAGAUGAAAGUCAGUUACUCUCAGAUUAUCAUGAAUUCUACUAUGAUGUUCGUAUGGAAUUAGAAUCUAGAUGGGGCAAAAUUUCAGUGAUUCGAACAUGUCGCAAUUUAGCUGAUCAUCUUCGUGGUGCAGUUUAUGUUGAAUUCUCAAGGGGUCCAAGUGCAGCAUGGGAUGCUGCUGAAGCUUGCAAUGGUCGUUGGUUUGCUGGACGUCAACUAACGUGUACUGUGGUUAGAUUGGGCGGUGGUUGGAGAGAGGCUAUUUGUGGUCUUUAUCAUCGAGGUAAAUGUCCUAAAGGAGACCUCCAUUGUAAUUUUCUACAUGUAUUUCUUAACCCUGGAGAAACCAGUAAUGAUUUACAAAAAACUUUAUGGCGUCAUGUAGGUCAACUUAUUAGUCCGGUGGAUAAUAAUGGUCACAGUGAUCGUGGACGUUCUUCUACAGUAAAAUCACUUUCCAACGACUCUUCAUCUCUUACCCAUCGUCAUCACCACCAUCAUGAUCGACGUAAAACGCGAAGACAAUCCUCUAGCUCAAUCUCUUCACAUUCACGGUCCUCUUCUCCAAUAGGGCAUCAUCAUUCGUCUCGGUCUAAAAAUAAUUAUAAAAAUUCCCGUCUAUCUGAAUAUCACAGUCAUAGAAAAUCUAAAAGAAAUAAACAUUAUAGUAGUGGUAGCAGAUCUUCUUUGAGUCGUUCACCUUCAACAUCAUCAGUUCAUAAGAAGCACAAAAAACAUAUGAAAGAAAAAUCUCACAAGAGAAUGAAAAGAGUCAAGUAA